AUGACAGAUGACAAGGGCUGCCAACCACACAUCUCCGAUUGGGAUUUGUCCAGACACAUCGCCGACUCUGUCUUCCGACUCUUUGGACAAAUAGGUAAAACCGAAAAAAAAAAAUUCCAACCCCUGACAGUCAGCACUAACGUAAAAAUUCCGGUUCCUUCUGUUGACCGAGGAAAAGUGGAUACUAGUAAUGUAAUUGGUGUGAUCCUAAGUGUCAACGAUGGUUUCUAUAAAAUUGGUACAAAGCGAGGCCAAAUUAACUCUUUGUUCUCCCCCAACCAAAUAUUCGAGUGUAAAGAAUCGUUUCUGACACCCGAGGACGUUCCAAAGGGCAAAGACAUAAGCAUCCGCAGUGUCAGCCUUCGAACAUCUCUGACCGGAGGCCGAGGAUUCUUUUAUUGUCAGUGCAAAACUAAGUGCGAGACAAACCGAUGCAAGUGCAAGAAAGCAAACGUGUUGUGCAACUCUAAGUGCCAUGGUGCGAUGACUUGCUCUAACAAAUAACGUGAGACCCUAGUUUUUCUAAUUUUUUUAAAUAAAAUUUUUAAAUUUUUAAAAUAAUUUUUAAUACGACAAUUACUAUUUUUAAAAUAAUUUUUAAGCAGUUCCAAAAGUGUAAAAUAAGAAACACAUUGGAUCAGCACUUCUUUUAGGUAAGAGAUAAGUGUUUAACUCCUUCUUUCAUUUUUCUUUCGAUCGUAUUUUAUUUUAUCAUAUUUUCGUAUUUCUUUCGAUAUUACUUUUAAUGAUUUGUCCAAAGAGUCGGAAGACAGAUCGCGAAGUGUCUGGCCACUUCGCGAUGUGUCUGGACAAACCCGAUCUAUUUUUCAAAUUCUGGAUUUGUCUAAACGGCGCUAGACAGAUCGCGAUGUGUCCAAAUUACAGGAUUUGUCUACAAUAUAUAUACAAGAACAAUUGGCUAAUUAUUUCUCAAGGUUUUACCUAUGGGGCAAAUCUGUUCAUUAACCCUAAUGUAUUUAUCUGUCAUCCGUCAACUCCAUCAUGUUGCGAUAAUUCAAGCUGUUGGUGAUCUCUGAAAAGCAAAAAUAAAUCUAAAAUUAGUGAACUUUGCCAUUUUUUACCAGUAUUUUAUUAAUU